GACGGACAUCAGAUCAAAGAGAUAGACGCAAUCGAAGAGGAGACAGAGUUGAUAGGACGAAGUGGGGCGCUCCCCGAAAUCCUUGAGCGGGACAUUGAUGGCGAAGAGGUGGCCAGGCUGAGCCCUGAGGAACGACAGAAGUCCUUCAGCAAUGUAGCUGACUCGGCCAACCGUGACAACGAGAAGGGCUGGGAACUUGGAAAGUCGCAGCACGUCAGCCACA